CGCCUGCAUGAUCUUAGCCCUAAGGCCUCGACAUCGUCAACGUCCUCGACACUAAAAAUUUAACAAAAUGGGUCGUGUUCGUACCAAAACCACCAAGAGGGCUGCCCGUGUGCUCAUCGAAAAAUACUACCCCCGCCUCACCCUCGACUUCCACACCAACAAGCGCAUCAUCGAUGAAGUUGCUGUGGUUCCCUCCAAGCGCCUCCGGAACAAGGUUUCUGGCUUCACUACCCACCUGAUGAAGCGUAUUCAACGCGGGCCCGUCCGUGGUAUUUCGUUCAAGCUCCAGGAGGAGGAGCGCGAGCGAAAAGAUAACUACGUACCUGAGGUAUCUGCUCUUGACACGAGUGCAACAGGCUUGGAGAUCGACAAGGACACCGCAGAACUUCUCAAGGCACUCAACUUCGACUCCAUCCCUGUGACCAUCGUACAGACUGUUAUCCAGCAACCAGAACGUCCUCGGCGGGAGAAGCGCAACGUCCCUGGCGCUGGGCGGUAAUUUGUAUAUUCUAGGUGCUUACACAUAGGCUCGUAUCAUGCCACACCAUGUAUAUGCAUGCGAUCAUAACUACUCUGAUUCCUUUACUUUUCUCCUAUCACAAUUUUGCCCAGAAACCAGGCUAUCAACUCUCACACGUUUCUCAGCUGAAGGCAAGUCCUGGAUGCCUUCAGGAUCAUACCACAUCCACCUAAAAUGAGUUUGCCUGAAAAGCAUUUUUUAAAUUAUGAAUAAACGUUUGCG